UUUGAGAAAGAUCCACAUAGUUCGAUUCAGAGAAUGCAAGCCCAAGAUCCUUUGCAGGAGGUUGAUAUUGGAGAUGGCUCUGUUAAGAGGCCAACUUACAUUAGUGUCAAUAUAGACCCAACCCUAAAAGAAAAAAUGGUCGAGUUGCUUAAGAAAUAUAGGGACUGCUUUGCAUGGGACUAUAACGAAAUGCCUGGGUUAAGCAGAAAUCUUGUGGAGCAUAGGCUACCCCUUCGACCAGAUAAGAAACCUGUAAAGCAGCUUCCAAGGAGGUUUGCACCGGAAAUCAUGACAAAGAUCAAAGCAGAAAUUGAAAGGUUGCUCAAAUGCAAGUUCAUUCGAACAACCAGGAGAUUUCCUUGGCUUUGUUGUGCAUAAGAAGGGCAUAGAAAUUAACCAAAAUAAGACAAAGACUAUCAUGGAGACAGAACCUCCAGGAAUGAAGAAACAGCUUCAAUCUUUGCUAGGAAAGGUCAAUUUCUUGAGAAGGUUUAUAUCAAACCUAAGUGGCAGAGCUCACCCUUUUUCUCCACUGCUGAGGCUCAAGAAAGGUGAUGUAUUUGAAUGGGGAACGGAACAAC